GAAGUAACAAAAGUACCGCAUUUACGACUUUCAAAGUCCGGUCACGAUAUCUAUUGGUCGUGAUUUCGAAGCUAUCCUUACUCUUGACUCGACCCACUUCCCCGAGAAGCAUUUCAGAUUUUAAGAUCUGUCAAUUUGUCAAAUAGUAGGCGAUAUCCUUAUUGGAUAAUGAUCAUCAAGGAGGAUAAGCUAGCACAAGCCGAAGCUGAUGCCGAGCAACAAGGAGAGUCCUUACCUCCAUACUCAGCCUCACCGCACGUUCAAGUUAACGCGGCGGAGCCGAGUCUGCCCACUGCUCCGCCGAAUGAUCGGCAAAGUCAUGCAGCGCAAUCUACUUCCGUUGCUGCAUCGUCGACAGCGGUAGCCGCCUCAAGUUCAGGAUCUAGUCCUGAUACUGCAUUAAAUCCACAAGAUCCUUGUUUCUCAAUCAAAUCGCCCCCAAAUAUCCUCCGCAGAAGCUAUUUGCGCCUUCAGCGCUCGAACAGGCCUAUUUCAGAACGCAUCAUCAUUGACCCGUAUCUUCCCUUUCCUCCCAACAUUAAUGUAAAUGGAUAUACUUCGGAUGGGAGAGAGGAGGACGAAGAGUUUGGACCACGUUUCGGAUCUCCUGUCCCUGGUGACCCAGACAAGAAGAAUGUACGAAUAGAAUGUAAGAAUGGCACUGUGAACGCAGAGAUCUGGGUUGUAGGUACUCCGAACACGAGCGUAGAUCCAGAAAACGACGAAACGGGGGCGAAGAAAGCAGGAAUCGAUAUACGCGGGAAGAACGGGUUUAUUCACGUCAAAAUGCAUGCGUCGAAAGCUUCGCCACCCUUUGCACUCCGCGUUGCAGCGAAGAAUGCCGGAGUGCGUGUCGAACUUCCACGUUCUUUUGUUGGCCCACUCACAACGCGGACACGCAACGGUUGGACAACACUCUCGCCUGAGCUCGCAUCGUGCGUGACGUCUUUCAGCGAGGUACGCGGAUCUCGCAAGUCGUUCAUUGGUGACUUUGUCGAGUCUAAUUACGGCAAAGGAGACUGGGUAGGGUCGUCACUCGAUAUCACCUGUGAUAAUGGUCGCAUCAGAUUGUGCUAUGUUGAUGAGGAAGUCGCCAAUACAAGCUUCCUAGGGCGUUUAUUUAAAUGACACCGCAUGUUAACCUUCUGCUUCCUAUGAUUUCCGUUUACUUUUACAUCUUCGGACCUUGCGUUCAUCAUUCAUAUAUAUGACAUUUCAUGUAGUUUGCACUGCCCGUUCAGUCAAAACAGCAGAUAAAUGGACAUCUAUGCA